UCCUCCAGGCUACCCACAUUCUACGACAUCCCCCCAGCGCACGACCCCCUCCUCCACCUCUUGACAACUUCCAUAAUGAAGAACGGGCUUUACUCAAAAGCAGCAAAAAUAACAUCUGACACCCUGCUCUACAUCCACACCUACAUGCGUGCACCCGCCCUUCCCAUCUUAUGCUCUGUGAUUCUAAUGGCGUCUCCAGCGGUAAGAAACAUCAGGUUCAAGUCGGGGUCAAAGAGUCAAGUGAGGCCUUAUCCACUGAAUGAGAGGCAGAGGACGAAGAAGGGGAUUGAUUGGUUGUUGGCGGAGGUUAAGGGCAAGAUGAGCAGAAGG